UCAGAUCCAGCUAUUAUAUAUAUAUAUAUAUAUAUAUGGAUACUCUCAAAUAGUAUCUUGAAGCUUCGUUAGAGUCAUCACAUCUACACCGAUUUGCCAUCAAUCUAGAGAUCCAAUCAAGAUGUCCUCGGAGAGCCUGUGCUACUGUCUGCUACUUCUCGUCGGCCAUUUCUCGCUCUCAGCCAGCAGCACUGCCGCCGGCAAGGUAUCAGCGAUCAUCGUGUUCGGGGACUCGACGGUCGAUGCCGGCAACAACAACUUCAUCCCUACCGUCGCCAAGGGCAACUUCCCACCAUAUGGGCGCGACUUCGACGGCGGCCUCGCCACCGGCAGGUUCUCCAAUGGCCGCCUCGUCACUGACUUCCUUUCGGAGGAGUUCGGGUUGCCGUCGUCUGUACCAGCCUACCUUGACCCCAGCUACACGAUCGAUCAGCUCGCCACGGGUGUCAGCUUUGCGUCCGGAGGCACCGGAUUGGAUUAUUUAACAGCAAAAAUUGCAUCAGUUAUACCCUUGAGCCAGCAGCUGGAGUACUUCGUGGAGUACAAGGAGAGACUGAAAGUCGCAAAGGGGGAGUCCGUGGCCAACGAGAUCAUCGCGGAGGCUCUGUACAUCUUCAGCAUCGGCACCAACGACUUCAUCGUGAACUACCUUGUCCUUCCUCUCCGGCCCACCCAGUACACCCCGCCGGAGUACGUCGCGCACCUAAUUGUCCUAGCUGACACAGCCGUUCGUGACGCCUACGACCUUGGCGCGCGGAAGAUCGAGUUCACGGGACUUGCACCGUUCGGGUGUGUACCUGUGGCGAGGACGCUGAACCAUGACAAGCCCGGUGAGUGCAAUGAGGAGUAUAACAAGUUGGCGAGGAGGUUCAACGCCGAGCUGAAGGAGGCCAUGAGGAAGCUCAAUGGUGAGCUCGCCGGCGCACAGGUGGUGUACGCUGAGACGUACAGUUUGGUGUCUGCCAUCGUUGCCAACCCGUCCGACUAUGGAUUCGAGAACGUGGUGCAAGGAUGCUGUGGCACAGGACUCAUCGAGACAUCAGUCCUUUGCGGUGUGGAUGAACCGUUGACGUGUCAAGACGCGGAGAAGUAUGUGUUCUUCGAUUCAGUUCAUCCGUCCCAGCGGACGUACCGGAUAGUUGCUGACAAUAUUCUGAACAAUGCAUUGAAAGUGUUCAUGUGACAUCUCUAAUUUGUACCCGCACAAAUUUUAAUAACAAAAACAUUAAACAUACAGAGUUAAUAUUAAUUAGAACCCUGCUAGCAGGAUGUGCCGGCUCUGAUAAAAGAUGAGAAGCACACGUCUAUCCUAUUAUUAGUACGUGCCAUGUGGUAGUAACAUCAAAGAGAGAUAACCAACUAGCCAAAUCUAUACUA